AUGGCAACACCAGUUCCAUCUGUAUCUGUUGAAAGCAACUUAGACCCUCAAAACCAAGAAGUCACAUAUGUGCAUGAUGUAUAUAACGAAAUAGCUAGUCAUUUUUCCCAAACAAGAUACAAACCUUGGCCAAUAGUAGAGAAGUUUCUUACGCUGAGGCCAAAAUACUCCAUCGGCUUGGAUGUUGGUUGUGGUAAUGGGAAGUACUUAAAUGUCAAUAAAGAUAUUCUUAUUAUUGGAACAGAUAGGUCUGAAGGGUUGAUUAAUUGUGCCCAGCAGAUUUCCAAUAACAAGUACAAUUUGGGGGUUGCAGACGGGUUGGCGUUACCUCAUCCCGACGGAACAUUUGAUUUUGCUAUAUCCAUAGCAGUGAUCCACCAUUUUGCUACCGAAGAAAGACGAGUAGAUGCUGUUAAGCACAUAUUAUCUAAAUUGAAAGCAGGCGGAGAAGCAUUGAUUUAUUGUUGGGCCCUUGAGCAGGAGACUUCUCGCCGUGGAUACAAGGAAGGCGAUGAUCAAGAUGUUUUGAUACCCUGGGUAUUAAAAAAGCAACAGCCACUGAAGAAAAAGGGAGCCAAUAAAAGAAAACAAAAGGCAGAGUCUAUGCUGGAACCACCAGAAAGCACAGAGCAACCAGGUGAAGAAGAACCGGAUGUUACCAAGUAUCGUUACUACCAUUUAUACAGGAAGGGAGAAUUGGUUGACAAUUGUCUACAAACUAAAUGUUGUACAAUUGUGGAAGAGGGAUACGAGAAAGAUAACUGGUGGGUUAUUAUAAAGAAAACAUAG